AGAUAAAUCCUAACCAGGCACUGGGUAAUCCGCUUGCCAAACGCACCUUUACAUAACCCACCUUCUCCGAACUAGCCAUCUGCUGAGAGCUGCUUUCCUGCUUUGCUCAUCGCAAACUAGGGCAAAACACCCAAGAAUGCCAUUCAUAUCCCAAAACCACCGUCAAUCAGACUACAGUCUCUUCUCUUCGUCUUGCCCCAUCGUCAUCGAUAAUGGCGGUUCAUAUUUUCGAAUUGGAUGGGCAGGAGAGACUGACCCUCGCAUUAUCUUCCGAAACAUUGUUCAGAGGCCACGCCACAAAACCACCGGUGAAACUGUCACAAUUGUUGGUGACCAUGAUCCUGCAUUGUUGAAAUACUUCGAUUGCACGCGUUCGGGACCCCGUUCAGCUUUUGAUAGCAAUGUUGUUUACCAGUUUGAGAUUAUGGAAUAUAUUCUUGACUUUGGGUUUGAUCGAUUGGGUGCAGAUCAAUCAGAGAUUGACCAUCCUGUCCUGAUUACUGAAUGUGCAUGCAACCCAGUUCAGUCUCGCAGUAAAAUGGCAGAGCUUCUUUUUGAGUCAUAUGGAGUUCCUUCAGUAGCAUUCGGUGUUGAUGCUGCCUUCAGUUAUAAAUAUAAUCAACAACUUGGGUUUUGUGAUCCAAAUGGUCUUGCAAUCAGCUCAGGAUUUACCACAAGUCAUGUUGUUCCAUUUGUUAAUGGAGAGCCUGUUUAUGAAGCAUGCUGCCGAACAAAUGUUGGUGGAUACCACGUCACCGAUUACUUAAAGCAACUUCUUUCACUUAAAUACCCUCAUCACAUGUCUAGGCUUACAUGGGAGAAGGUUGAAGACCUGAAAAUGGAACACUGCUAUAUUGCGCCAGAUUAUGCUUCAGAAGUUCGUUUAUUUCAGAAAGGGGCCAAGGAAGCUGAAGAGAAGACCAGGUGUUGGCAGCUUCCAUGGACUCCAACACCAGUUGAAGAGCUACCAUCAGAGGAGGAGAUUGCUAGAAAGCAAGCUCUGAAGGAGAGGCAAGGUCAAAGGUUGCGGGAAAUGGCUGAGGCAAAAAGGUCUUCAAGGAUAAAUGAACUAGAAAAUGAAUCAAAGGGUCUGGAAUUUCUUCUACAGCAGCUAAAGCAUGUGGAAGAGAAUGACAUUCCAUCUUUUCUCGCAGAGACUGGUUAUGUCUCCAAGCAGGAAAUAGAAUCUGCUCUUGCGAAAGUAACACAAUCUUUAAAAAAAGCAAAGGGCGAACAAAUUGAAAGCGAGGAGAAGAUGGAUUCUUCCACGGCUGAAAAGUAUACCCUUAUUAAUACUCCUGAUGACAUGCUGACGCCGGAACAGCUCAAGGAAAAGAGGAAGCAAUUGUUUCUAAAAACCACCUCUGAGGGUCGGCAGCGAGCCAAACAGAAACGCUUCGAAGAGGAAUUAGAAAGAGAAAGGCUGAACAAACAAGAUGAAGAAAAACGCCUAGAGAACCCAGAGCUUUAUUUGCAGCAGUUGCGAACUAAACACACAGAGCUUUCUGAGAAAGUUGAGCAGCGAAAACGACUCAAGACUAAUGGCAGCCACACAAAUGGGAAUAAUAAUAUGUCAGGAGGUGUUGGGCGUGGAGAGAGACUGAAUGCUGCGCAGAAGGAAAGGAUGCGCCUCUUGACAACGGCAGCAUUUGAUCGAGGGAAAGGUGAGGAUACUUUCGGUAUCAAAGAUGAAGAUUGGCAACUCUACAAGCUGAUGAGCAAAGAUAAUGAUGAUGAUGACGAGGGACAAGAUGAAGAUGAAGCAGAGCUGACUCGCAUCUCUUCUAGGCUCCGGGACAUAGACCCAACCUUCGUCUCCAAAUCAGAAUUAGGGUCCUCUGUUUCUGAAGUCCCACGGCUCCGUCCUCUCACCAAGGAAGAUUUCCAGAUUGUACUUGGGGUAGAAAGAUUUCGGUGCCCUGAAAUUCUAUUUCAUCCCAACUUAAUUGGAAUUGACCAGGCAGGAUUGGAUGAGAUGGCUGGGGUUUCAAUCAGGAGGUCACCGUCUAAGAGCCAAGACUUGGAGGAGAAUAUAACUAAUUCAAUCCUUUUGACUGGCGGGAGCUGUCUUUUCCCUGGCAUGGAUAAGCGCUUAGAAGCUGGAAUCCGGACGAUCCGACCAUGCGGGGCACCUAUAAAGGUCAUCAGAGCAUCAGAUCCAAUUCUUGAUGCAUGGCGCGGAGCUGCUGCAUAUGCUGCUGCCAUGCAAUUCCCACAGCAAACAUUCAGUAAGAUGGACUAUUAUGAAAAGGGCGAAGAUUGGCUACGGAGAUAUCAACUGAGGUAUACACUAUGAUUUUAGUUCUCACCCUCAACAGAUAUUUUUUUUCCCGGUAAAACAUGGCGGCAGUCGUAAAUCACAUUUAAGACGAACAAUAUUACUCCUGUAGGGGUUUGCCCUCAUAUGUGGUUCCUAUUGUCCUCAAAUAUGUUUGUAAAGGCAAUUGUUGUAUUCACAUGAUUAGUUUCCUUAUGUGAUAACAUCAAAGGAUGAAUCUACCUUAGUUUCGGUUUGUUUUUGCUUAGAGGGAGGAGAGUUGAUAAACAGUUCUCUAUUGGUCGGAAGAUAUGGUUUGUGGUUGUUUCGAGAGACUUAAACUCGUGAUCUUUUGAUUCUAAUAUCAAAUAGAGAUUUAAGGUUUUAUUA